AUGGACUUGACGUACAAACAAAUCGUCAGAAUGUCUAAGCAUGUCGUGGUCGAGACCGGACUGUUUGCAAAAAGGGAAGACCGCAAGCCCUCGGGGACUCGUCCUGGCAAAAUUACAUUCUUCCAGAUCUCCCCACCUGCUUCUGGUCUCUCGAAUACGCCGCAGGACUCGGGAUCAAACAGGACAACUAUACCACAGUACAUAGUCUUCACCGAAACCAUGUUCCACGUCUUCCUCUUCUGCGUUUUUUUGCAACUGCCAGCUAACUACGCACUUAAUGAAACUCCGACUCUUCCAACGGUUCCCACAGGAGAUUAUCCAAACAUUUACUGCGAUCAUUUUCCCCAACCUUCUGACGUUGAUGAGGGAAAUUACGGUGAUGCGGUUUGUUACAUUGACGGAACAUAUGCAGACGACCUUCUUUUGAUGGAAAUACUGGUUACCGACGAUGGGCAGACUUUUCUCCAGGAGGCUUACAAUUUUCCUGGAAUCAAAGUGACACGCGUUAAUUUACUGAAUUUCGGUCGGUUCCAUGGAGCCACGAAGGCCAUUGACAUUUUAAAUGGGGACGAUGGCAAUGGCACGGUGGAAAUUUUCGUGGAAAUUUUUUCGGGGAAAGCGGUCAGGAUGGUUUUGGAGAUAUACGGAUUUUAUUUGUAAUGUAAUUAAAUUAUUAUUAUUGUUGUUUCUAAAUAUACCUUGACAGCAAACAAUA